CACUAAGCAUUAGAACACUCCUCCCCUCCCUUGCAAACUUGGAGCUUUCUCUCUUUCUCCCACUGUUACUAUGUUCUGCAAUAUAUUAUUCGAUGCUGCCUAAUUUUUACUUUAUCAUCCAUGACGCUGGCCGUUGAUGGAACAAAGUGGUCGCUGACUGCUCCUAAAGCACAGUCCUAACUUCAAUGCCUGUGAAUCUUUUUAAAUCUCUUGAUUUUGGUUAGAUAAAAUAUGCAAUGUCCGCGGGUAAGCCGGGUUCUUUUUCUGCUACAUUCAGUUUUGAUUUUGGCAGCCAGCCAUGUCGAAUUUUCGCUGCCUGGCAGACUCUCUCCAGACGCCAAACAAGUUGUAUCCUCAGGUGGUGUUCCCCAGUCCCAGUCGAAUAUGUCCGUUGUCCACCCAGUCAAAGUUAACAGAGAUGGACAGUUUUCCUCCCACUCUCUUGUACAUCGCUUUACGCGCGGGCGGCAGAAAAGAGACGUGGGGCUUUUGGAGGGACGCGUUUAUUAUAAGGUGAGCUACAAGGGACGCGACUUGUUUUUCAAUCUAACAGUCAACAACUAUUUGGUGUCAAACAAUUAUAUUCUGGAGAGAAGAAACGGGACUCUUAACCGGACGGAGCGCAGUACCACAGUGGAGAACGAUUGUCACCUGAUUGGCACGGUGACAGAUUCUGCUAAUGCGCGGGGGACAGCUGCCAUCAGUACCUGUGAAGGCUUGAAAGGUCUCUUUAACUUGCCUGAGGGACCCCACUUCAUUGAGCCGGUUCAGGGGUCCAUUGAUGGUCCUGUAGAGAGGGGAGGGGCAGAACCUCAUAUUAUCUACCCCAGCGUUACCACAGCAACACCUAGACACAGACGAAGCACUGAGGCCCGGUUCACACACCACACUUGUGGGGUCAAGGAUACACUGGGUGAAUCCCUUGUGGUUGAGAGGGAGCGGGAGGACUGGCAGAGGGAACAGGAGGAAGCGAGGGGGAGAGAAGAGGAGGCGAAGUGGAGAGAGGAGGAGACGGUUCAGCAUCGCUCACAGCGCUCUGUCAGCAGAGAUAGGUGGGUGGAGACAAUGGUGGUGGCCGAUUCCAAACUGUUGGAGUAUCACGGCAGUGACAACGUUGAGGCUUACAUCUUCACCAUCAUGAACAUGGUGGCAGGAAUCUUCCAUGAUGCCAGUAUAGGGAAUGCCAUCCACAUGGUCUUAGUCCGCCUAAUACUGCUCCAGGGAGAGGAGAAAGGCCUGAAGAUCGUCCACCAUGCCGACAGCUCUCUGACCAGUUUCUGUGCCUGGCAGAAGAACCUCAACCCGCAGAGUGACACCCAUCCUGCUCACCAUGACGUGGCCGUGCUGGUCACCAGGAAGGACAUCUGUGCAGGGCGGAACCAGCCGUGUGAGACCCUGGGUCUGUCCCACCUGUCUGGGAUGUGCCAGCCUCACCGCAGCUGUAAUAUCAACGAAGAUUCAGGACUCCCCGUGGCCUUCACCAUCGCACACGAGCUGGGACACAGCUUUGGGAUCCAACACGAUGGUCAGGGGAAUGACUGUGAGCUGGAGGGCAGACACCCCUUCAUCAUGUCCAGGCAGCUGAUGUACGACACCUCCCCACUGACCUGGUCCACCUGCUCUAAAGACUACAUCACACGGUUUCUGGAUCGUGGGUGGGGUUUCUGUCUGGACGACCGUCCCUCUAAGAAGGAUAUGACCACCCCGCUGGCGCGCCUGGGUGUCCGCUACACCGCUCACCACCAAUGCCAACUGCAGUACGGCCCCAAUGCCACCUACUGCCACGAGAUUGACAAUGUGUGCCAGAUCCUUUGGUGUUCAGUGAAUGGUUCCUGUCGCUCUAAACUGGACUCGCCCAUUGAUGGCACCCGCUGUGGCCCUGAGAAGUGGUGUAUCUCGGGCGAGUGUGUUAUAGUAGGAAAGCUACCAGAGACAGUGAAUGGGAACUGGGGACAGUGGAGCAGUUGGUCUCACUGUUCCAGGACCUGUGGAGCUGGGGUACAGUCUGCGGACAGGGAGUGUAACCACCCCAAACCAGAGUUUGGUGGGAAGUACUGUACAGGUGAGAGGAGGCGUUACCGAAUCUGUAACACCUCCCCAUGCCAGAAGGCCAAGCCCACCUUCAGAGAGAUGCUGUGUAGUGAGUUUGACACAGUGCCUUACCAGAACGAGCUCUACCAGUGGGUGCCUGUGGCCAGCACAUCCAGUCCGUGUGAGCUUCACUGUCGUCCUGUGGAUGAGCAUUUCUCUGAGAAGAUGCUGGAUGCUGUGACGGAUGGAACUCCAUGCUUCAUGAACAAUAACUCCAAGAGCAUCUGUGUCAAUGGAGUGUGCAAGGAGGUGGGCUGUGACUAUGGUAUAGAGUCUAAUGCUGUAGAGGAUCGUUGUGGAGUGUGUCUGGGCGAUGGAUCCUCCUGUGAGACUGUCCAUAUGACCUUUGAUGGGGGCGAUGGCUUCGGCUACGUGGAUGUGGGUGUCAUACCAAAGGGUGCACGUGAUAUUGUGGUCCAGGAAAUGGAAGAAGCGGGGAACUUCUUGGCUCUGCGCGGCCAGGGGUCAGAGGAGUACUUCCUGAAUGGCCAGUACAUAAUUCAAUGGAAUGGGGAGUACAAGGCAGCUGGUACCAUCUUUUACUAUGAACGCAGUGGGAACCUGGAAAACCUUACCUCCCCCGGACCCACCAAAGAACCAGUCAUGAUCCAGCUGCUGUACCAGGAGAAAAACCCUGGUAUAAAGUAUGAGUACACCAUAAAGAAGAGCCACCAGGCAGGAAAUAAGGUCUUAAAGUCUGAGUACAGGUGGAAAUAUGGGGCCUGGACAGACUGCAGCACCAGCUGUGGGCUAGGUGACCAGCUGCAGCCAGUCAGGUGCUUUGAGCUGGAGGUGGGUGUGGUCGAUGAGUCUUUAUGUGAUCCAGAGACCCGCCCAGAGGACAGACACCGUCGGUGCAAGAACAUGGACUGUCCUACCAGGUGGUGGGUUGGGGGCUGGCAGCCGUGCACGGCCUCCUGUGGGCCUGCGGGGCUGAGGAAGCGGACGGUGCUCUGUGUGCGCACGGUGGCAGGGGAGGAGAGGGUGCUGCACCCCGGGGACUGCAAACAGCUGCUCAAACCCAAACCUGUGGUGCCGUGUAACAGAGACCUGCCCUGUGGACCAGAGUGGGCCGUGGGCAACUGGAGCGCGUGUCCGGUGACAUGUGGUGGCAGUGUUCGCACACGGACGGUCGACCUGGAAACCAUGCCUCGCUCCAAGUCGCUGUGCGCCCUGCAGAGCUGCCCAAGCCUCAGACGGCGACCGGGACCACCCCUUAGGUACCGCCGCAUCUACCCACCCAACAGACAGCCCACCGGGCAGCCGGUCACACACACCUGGGGCCCCAAAAGCACCAGGCCCACCACUGCACCCAGAACCAGCACUGUUAGUGUGACUGAGAGAACUACAACCCCUAUCAGCACUUUGACCACCAGGCCCCUCCCACCAUCUUCCACAGCCACUGAAGGGAGUGAAGUGAGUAAGGAUGGGGCUUUUAUCAAAGCCAUGCCUACUGAAGAGGAAAACCAAGAGAGAGACUUAAGAGAGGAUGAGGACUCGAUGAAUAAGGAGGGGAGUGCAACUGACUUAGUAAUUCCUGAUAAGGGGAUGAGGUAUACCCCAGGAGAUGACUAUGUAGUGGACGAGGAGGAGGAGGGGCUUACAGAUCUGGACAUAAUCAACACGCCAACCUCCCUCAGGACUCCCAGCCAGUCACCACCAACCGUGACCACUGCCAGGUUACACUCUGCAACCACUCCACUCACACCACACACCUGUGUCCCUAAGAUGUCACACACAACCGGAGUUCAGCUCACUACCUCCCCCGCAACCCCACAAACCAGCACUGCACACAGGGCCAUGAGCACCAGCCGCUACCCCCAUACCAGCCCCAACACUACCCCUUCCAUCGGCCCUUUACCCGAACGAACAACCAGGGUGCCCUACAGAAGCACCCCAAAAGGCCCACACCACACUCCACUAGCCCCCUACCCCACUGCAGGAAGCUCCCCCCACGCCAGAGAAUCCCCAUACUUUACAAGCCCAUCCCCGAAGACCACCAUGAAGAUCGUUAAUGUGAAGAAGCCCAAGGCUGGUAGCACCGCCCCACGUUCUAUUAAACCUAAUUCUAAAAAGCAGACUUCAAAAGGUCCUUCCCCUAGUUCAAAGGGGAAAGGCCAGGAGCCGAAGCCAGGAAGUCCCGUAGCGACAUAUACGAGUGACAGUGACUUCCUAAAUACCCAGGAGCCAGAUAACAUGAAGGUGUUCUGGGUGGUGGGCAACUGGAGCGAGUGCUCUACAUCAUGUGGCCUGGGGGCAGUGUGGAGACCAGUGAUGUGUAGCUCUCAGCAAGACUCCGACUGUGCCAACCUGAAGAGACCAGAACCAGCUCGCACCUGCCAUCUGCGCCCCUGUGUCACGUGGCUGAGUGGCAACUGGAGCAAGUGUCCCCAAGGGUGUGAGGUGGUGGGGAGAAGGCAGCGUGAGGUACAGUGUGUAGACAGUCAGAAUGGACGUCCAUUGAGGCCAUUCCACUGCCAAGCCCUGUCCUCAAGACCCCCCAGCACACUGUCCUGUCGUUCCCAACCCUGCCAGCCCUGGAGAACCUCUCCCUGGGGACAGGUACACAUAUACACCCUGCCAGCCCUGGAGAACCUCUCCCUGGGGACAGGUACACAUAUACACCCUGCCAGCCCUGGAGAACCUCUCCCUGGGGACAGGUACACAUAUACACCCUGCCAGCCCUGGAGAACCUCUCCCUGGGGACAGGUACACAAAUACACCCUGCCAGCCCUGGAGAACCUCUCCCUGGGGACAGGUACACAUAUACACCCUGCCAGCCCUGGAGAACCUCUCCCUGGGGACAGGUACACAUAUACCCCCUGCCAGCCCUGGAGAACCUCUCCCUGGGGACAGGUACACAUAUACACCCUGCCAGCCCUGGAGAACCUCUCCCUGGGGACAGGUACACAUAUACACCCUGCCAGCCCUGGAGAACCUCUCCUUGGGGACAGGUACACAUAUACACCCUGCCAGCCCUGGAGAACCUCUCCCUGGGGACAGUGCUCACGUAGCUGUGGAGGUGGGUUGACGGAGCGGUUGGUGUAUUGCCCUGAGCUGCAGCACUGCAGCCCCACCCAGAGGCCAAAUGACAGGGAGGCCUGCAAUCCACAGCCCUGCAGCAACUGGGACCCACAGGACUGGGAGGAGUGCUCUGUGAGUUGUGGCGGGGGCGUUCAGCGUCGUGUGGUGCGCUGUGUCUUGGAGGAGUCAGGCUCAGUUGACGACAGUCUGUGUAAACAAAGCAGCAAGCCUGACACACUCAGAAAAUGCAACAUGCAGGAGUGUCAGACUAAAACAGGUCCGCUGUGUAAGAAGAACAGCAUGUCGUCUCGGUUCUGUGACAAGCUGAAACUGCUGGGUCGCUGCACCCUAAAGUCCAUCCAGAAACAGUGCUGUGUGACCUGUAGAGGCCUACGCUGACCUCUGACCCACAGUACAUACACCUUCCAAGUGGACGUUACAUUCAAAUGCACACAUACAAAACAGGGGGCAACUGGGACCUAAAAUGGCUAUUUUACAGUCACUGUGGGGGUUCCCUUAGAAGAACCCUAUUUGUUUACAGGUAGAACCUGAUUCAGUGCACGUAGAACCCUUUUCACAGUGAUCAGCAUAUUCAGUCUAAAAUAGCUACACAUGGAAUUUAAAAGUGUUCAUCAAAAGGUUUUAUCAUAGGGACAGCUGAACUCUUUCAAAGGACUGCUAUUCGAUCCUGGUGCAAUUAAUCUCUAGCGCAAUCAGAUAACAGAAGGAAGCAGCCAUUUCAUCAUCAUCACCAACAUAAUCAUCAUCAUCCUUUCAACCCCCACUGACUGUUACCUAAUCUACAAAACAGUCUGAGAAAUGGGUGCUUCGGCCGUACCUGUAGGAGAAUCUGGGAGGAUUCAAGAAGCUGAGGCUCCUGCUGCUUUGUCCUAGCCUUGGCUAAGCCCUACUGGGUAACCCAGACCUCCGACAGCCUCUUAAAGGUGAUGUGAGCUUCUCACCAAUGUUCAACAUGUUUUCCAAUACUGUUGAAUGCCACCCAGUAUUUCUACCUGUGCCUGUUUUACCUUGUUGUUUAUUUUCUGUACUAUUUUAAGUUCUUCCAUCGAGACAAAAGUUAUGCUGACAGCCAGUAACACCUUGUUUACAGACCUUGUGUAUUUGGUAUCUACCUUGGUCUUUACAAAUCAUUUGAAGGUUCUUCAGUGGUGCUGGAUUUAAUGAAUCCCCUCAAAAAAGAAAUUAACAAUGAUGAGGUAUCUAUCAAUGAAUAUUUGAUUAAUCUCACGUCUAAGAUAAUACUUGGUAAAUAGUACAAUAAAGAUUUGUUUUCAAGUGGUGUUUUUUUUUUUGCAUUGUUGUGUUGUUGUUUUAUUGUGUUAGUGCUCUCAUUCUCAGAGCUCUCGGGGGACCGUGACUCUCAGUGGUUGUUUCCACUGAGCGCAGAUCCUAAUAUUAAAACCUUAAAGUGACCGUAGAGUCAAGUGUCUCUGCGUAACUUCAUCCUACUCAGGUGCUGUGUGUCUAUCUUAGGGUGCUCCCCCCUUUGUUAGGCUGGCAAAUGGGCAUGAGGUGUUGCAGGUCAUCCCUCCAGUGAAUGUGGUCACUGUGUAUGUAUUGUGUUGUACAGAUGCCUUCAUCUUUAUAAAAGCCUUAAGAAAUAAAUAUUGUGAUGAAAGAAGCACAA